GGCAUAGAGCCAGAUCAAAACAUUAGCAAACUUUCACUCGCCAUUGAUCUGAGAACCACAAACGUGUUCCUCAGCAAUUGCCUGUUCAUUCUACCGAAACCAACACUGCUCCAGAGUCGAACGUUUUGUGUGGAAGACAUUGAGGACGGUCCAGAAUUUGAUCCUGGCGACGACCACAAAGGAUGGCGGAUGCAGCGACCCAUUCAUCCACCCUUUGGUGAUCACUUUCCUUGUCCCUUGACCUGCGGACAACUGCAAGGAUAUAGAUUUCGUUUUCUCUUGGUCAUCUCGCGAUCGGUAAUCUAGCCUACCGGCCGUUUUCUGUCUCCAUGUACCCGCAACCCUGAACUUCCUCCACCUGGCCCCCAAAAUCGCGUUCGUCCCUCGGUGAACCUCUUGGUUGGCUAUCCACCCUCCUUUCUUGGAAACGGAGACGCAUAGUGGCCAACGGUUGACUACUCCUUCGAGUACUGCAGUAGUCUGCAGACUGUCACGCCCGUUCCACGCCACCCUCCUUCUCGGUUUCGAUGCAAGGGCGGGCAAGAAACAGAGUUGCAGACUUGUGCCUGGCGGCAGACAUACGCGGGGGGCCGUUGUCUCUUCCCGUUCCCAUACUUUUAUGCCGCCCAAUGAAAUCUCCGCCUUCCAUUUUUCUACCGCGGAAAGGCUACCGAACCCUUCGGACUUGGACGGACGGGCUCUCCCUAGUCUAAAGCCACAAACUCUGCACAAGAGAGGUCUGGGAAUGAACAUAUAACCGUUCGUGGGGACCCAGUCGUCCCAGCUUAUUGGAAUCUCCCUCGAUCUGCGUCUACCAUCCUCCAACAUCCUAGUGUCUUGCCCACAGACCGUUGGCCUCUCGGGGCCCACAACCUCAUCAGACCAGCUUGAUCUCCUACGGCUUCAACAUCAAACACUGCAUACUCGCCAUGGUGGAGGGGAACAUUCACGGCGAGAGCAAUGCGCUCAUGGUGCAGGUGCCGGCCAUCGUCUUCUUCGUACUCACGCCCAUCUUCGUGGGCAUCCGGUUUUGGUCGAGGAUCAAGAUGAGAUCCGGCCUUGGUUGGGACGACUGGACCAUCCUAUUCUCGUUCAUCUGCUGCCUGACUGUAUCGAUAUUGAUGAUGAUCUCCUGCGAGUAUGGGUUCGGCCAGCACAUUAGAAACCUGUCUAAACCUAAUAAGGUCAUGACUUUGCAGUUGUUCUACGUUGCCCAGAUCUUCUACAAGAUCACCAUAAACCUCACAAAGGCAUCGAUCUUACUCCUCUAUCUUCGCAUAUUCGUCCAACGCUACUUUCGGAUCCUUUGCUACACGCUACUCAGCAUCAUCCUGGCCUACAUGGUAGCGACCUCGGCCUCUUCGAUAUGGCAGUGUACCCCUAUUCCGAGGGCUUGGGACAAGACUAUUCCGGGCACUUGUAUCUCGCUUACUAUGAACUGGUAUGCGAAUGCAGGAUUCUCUAUCGCUACCGAUAUCCUCAUCAUGGCACUGCCGCAGCACGUCCUGUGGCAGUCGAAACUCCCUCUCAACCAGAAGAGGCUGCUCAUGAUCGUCUUUGCUCUGGGCCUUUUCGUCACGAUCACGAGCAUCUUACGUAUGACGACGCUGAACUUUUCCACCACAAGCCCGGACACCACUUUCGACAUUGCCUCCACGCUUUGGACAGUCGUCGAAGAUAACGUCGCCAUCAUCUGCGCCUGCCUGCCAAUGUGCCGUCUACCCUUGACCUAUCUCUUCCCGACAUACUUCGCAACCAAGAAAGGCUCGUCUGCCGGCAGCUACAACACAGGCUCCGCACCGCGAACGAACAACAGCAACUUCAUCCACGCCGGUACGAGUCGCAACGACUGGCACCCGUAUCAGGGCCGUGAAGAAAAGAACGGGAUUCAUCUGACGAGUGUACAUGCUAGACCAAAAGUUGGGGACGAUACGAGCGAGGAGUACAUCUUACCUACAGCCGCCGACGAAAGGCGUGUGAGGACUCCGAGCGAGGAGGUGGAGGAUCGGCGGGCUAUCAGGAAGACGACGGCGUUUCACAUGACUUAUGACGAAGAACGGCCGAGAGCAUGAGUAUCAGGAACUUACCUUAAUGUGCGGAGAAGGCAGCUAUGAGUAAAAAGUUAUGAUUUGCAGGGACGUUUACUACCUAAUCCUUGUUCGGGAAGAACGUGUAGAGAUACAUCGCUAGUUCUAGUCCGGAUCUUACAUGACGCCCUUUGAGAUGGCCU